AUGAACAGCGACACCGCCCAGCCGAAGGCUCUGGGCCGCCUCCUCGAGGCAGUCGAAGCCAGGUAUCCGGAUCACGUGGCGGUACAGUCUCCAAGUCAAAGGGAUCAUCUGGAACUCGGUGCCGAAAGCCCCUCGAUCAGCCCGCAGCCCGUGAGCUGGACCUUCACAGACCUUCGACGUGGCAGUACCCUACUUGCUUCACGAUUGCGAGGCGACGGACUCCGACCCGGCAGCUGUAUCGCAGCUUUCCUAUACAACCAGGCUGAAUGGGCGCUCCUGUUCUGGACCAGCGUGCGCAUGGGUUGCCGGUUUGUGCCGCUGAACUCGAGGGUCCUCGGGCAGCCCGCCAUUGUUUCCCAUCUCCUGCGAAGCAUCGACGCCGCUGCCAUCUUCGUGGCGACCUCGGAAAUGGCCCGACAAGUCGACGAGACGCUGGCCAAAGAAGGAAAGCAGCUGCCGGUCUCCGCGUACCUGGUCUCGUCGCUUGCGGAGGAUGAACGGCUACCAGCUAGCUGGAGAACCUUGGAAAGCAUCAUGGUAGGGGCUGAGAUAGCGGAGUCGGAGGCGAUUAUUGAGAAAACUGACCUAGCGCCGAGCGAUACCAUCUUGAUUCUAGCCACGAGCGGAACCACAGCAUUGCCGAAGCUAUGCCCUCACACGUCCACCACUCUGCGUGCCGCCGCACAGGUCUGCCAGCCUUUGCAAAUCGACGCCGAAUCCUCGCUGUGCCAGCAGCUUCCUAACUUCCAUAUUUUUGGCAUCUUCCUGAAUCUGGCAUUUUGGCUGGCCGCGGGCAGAUUGAUCGUCCCCAGUCGUGCCUUCGAUCCCCAGGCCACUUUGAAAACAAUGGCAACUAAUCGAAAGGUUUACCUUCCUUGCGUUCCGUCGAUGUUACAAGCAUUGAGAUUGCAGUUCUCGACGGCUGGAGAGAGGCGACGUUUUGGACCGUACGCGAUAAUCACUGGGGGCGCUGUCAUAACGGCGGAGACUUUGGCGACCGCCAAGAUGUUGCAGCCGCAGAUGAUAUUUGUGGGGUACGGGGCAACCGAAGCCGUAGUGACUCCGCUUCACCGGCUUGAUGAAGUGUGUGUGAAUAAGACCGGCUAUGGCCUGCCGGUCGCCAAGGUAGACUCGAAAGAAGCCGAUUUGCGCGUAUGUGAGCCGGGAUCGCGAACAACCCUGCCCCGCGGGAAAAUCGGAGAAAUACACCAAGGAGGACUAGGAGUGAUCGUGGGAUACCUUGGUAUCUGCGAAGACAAGAAUCUGGACUUUUAUGAGAAGAGUGGAAAGAGGUGGAAGGCGAUGGGGGAUCAAGGAUUCAUUGAUAGCGACGGCCAUGUCCACGUUUUAGGGAGGUGUGAUGAUAUCAUUAUCCGCGGAGGAGAGAACAUCUCACCUGCUGCAAUCGAAGAGUGCCUCUUGGCGAUCCCAGAAAUCGACGAUGCCGCCGUGGUGGGAAUUCCGGACCCCGUGGCCGGCGAAGUGCCCGUUGCCAUCGUCCGACGGAAAGUGCCAGACAUCGUCCCGGUGAAAAGGCUUCAGGCUGUUGUAGCGAAUCGACUCGGCCGUGCUUUCUCUCCCACUAUGGUUCUGGACGUGCGAUCCGACCUGAGCCAGGAGGGCUUUCCAACGACGGCGACUGGGAAGGUUCAGAGGAAACUGCUGAAGCAACUGGUGUUGGAUCAUGCCCGACAUUUAGCGACCCUCAAGAAGGCGCGCCUCUCAAGCGACUUGACGAAGGAGAUCACGGGCUCUUGGGCGGCAGUGACCGGGUUGGCGGAAGAAGACAUCGACCCCGAAGCUCCGAUCAUGACCUUUGCGGAUAGUAUCAUGCUGAUGCAGUUCCUGAAUGAGGCACAGGCUCGAGGGUGGAGAAUCACGCGGGAGGACAUGGCACAGUUGCAUACGAUUCGAGCGCAGAUCGAAUUUAUAGUCGACCAGCGAUUAGGCAAGGAAGGUGGUAGCGUCUUGAGUGUUUUGAGUCGAUGA